GCUGACUAAUCCCAGAGGCCGUUGUUGGUGAAGCAGAGCGGCCCAAUCGAGGAGGUUUGGGGGCGAUCGCUUGGUGACAUUGUGGAGCCGCCAUGUUGGUGUCGCUGGGACGUUCGGCGGGACGGCUGCUGAGGGUGAACGGCGGCAGAGCGGCCGGGAGGCGGCAUGCGGGCGGCGAGGUGCACAUCGAGCCGCGGUACCGGCAGUUCCCGGAGCUGACGCGGUCGCAGUUGGUGUGGAGCGAGAUACUGAGCGGCACCAUGUGGUUCUGGAUCCUGUGGCACUUCUGGCACAGCUCGGACAGCGUGCUGGGCCACUUCCCGUACCCCGAUGCCUCGGCUUGGACGGAUGAGGAGCUCGGCAUCCCGCCCGACGACGCCGAGUAGGUACCGCCGCAGCUGCACAAGUGAAGGUGUGUGGAACUAAGGAGGCCUUGGAACGGAUGUUUUGCUCUGCCCUCCUGGUCUCAAUAAAGUGAGCUGUCAACGGAU